AUGGCCGACCAUGCACCCCUCCAGCUAUAUUACUCGGGCUUAAUAUUUGCACCAAAGUCAUCGGUUGUCCGAAGAUCUUUCGAAAGAGAAUUGCCUAUUUGGAUGACUCAGCUGCCUAGAGUCCAGGAUGACUGGAGUGCAGUGUUGCAGACUCUCAAUGGCCAUUCAAGAGGUGUUCGAGCAGUCGCCUUUUCACCCGACGGGUUGAUUCUAGCAUCAGCCUCUUUUGACGGGACAGUCAGGCUGUGGGACACUUUGACAGGAACUUUGAGACAGAUUCUGAACAGCCAACGCACACUACAGUCGGUCGCAUUCUCGCCCAAUGGGCUUUUACUAGUGUCUGGGUGCGAUCGUGCAGUGCAAAUACAUAUCUGGGAGAUCAAAUCGGGUAUUUUGCAACAAACUCUCCAGGGACCGUGUCGUGAGGGUUGGGUGAGUUCAGUUAACUCACUUGCUUUCGCCGACAACCGAAUACUGGUUGCUGGCAUGAGCGAUGGAAGAAUUAUAAUCUGGGAUACUGCGACGGGAAAUAUACAGGACAUUAUUGACGCCCAUUCCGAUAUAAUCAGUCAAGUGGCCUUCUCACCUGACGCUUGCCAUAGUAUGCUGGCUUCUGCUUCCACCGACAAGACAGUGCGGCUCUGGGACCGUGACACUACCAAGAAAACAGUCACACUGAAGCAUACUCUCGAGGGCCAUUUAGAGGCGGUUGAAUCAGUUGCGUUCUCGCCUGAUGGCAUGCUUUUAGCUUCUGGGGGUGCCGAUAAGACAGUACGUCUCUGGGACACCGUUCACGGUACAUUCAUAUCGAAGCUUUGCCAUUCUUUUGAGGUAGAUGGAUUGUCCUUUUCGGCCGAUGGCCAAACGUUGGCAUCUAGUUUCAGUGGGACAGAAGUGAAUCUCUGGGACACUGUGCAGUGUAGUCUCGAAUAUACCCUAAGGGGUGAUUUACACGGUGUUCAAUCAGUGGUCUUCUCGCCCGACAGUCGGAUGUUAGCAUCUCGCUCACAUAGUGAUGUGCAAAUCUGGGAGACUUCAAGAGCUGAACGCUUACAGCCAGAUCAUUUUGAGAGUAUUGUCAUGUUCGGCUUUCUUGGAUUUUCCCCUGAUGGCCAGAUAUUCGCAUCUGGAUGGAUGUCUCCCUCGGGUCGAAGAACAAUCCAGCUCUGGGACCCUACAACAGGUGACCUCAGGUGGACUUACAGUAGAAUUGGAAUCCAAAGUUCGGCUGGUGAACUGAUUUUCUCACCUAACAGUCAGAUGCUAGCAUCUUCCAUGUGUGAUGAGACAAUAGAGCUCUGGGAUCUCAGAACAGGUACAGGUAUCCUGCAAACUACUCUUAAUCGCCAUUUCAACACAGAUAAUGCUAUGGCAUUUUCGCCUGAUAGCCUGACAUUCGCCUACUGUACAAGCACAACCACGAUCGUGCUCUCGUAUACCGCGAAUGGGGCUCUACAUCUCACUCUGGAGGGCCAUUCGCAAAGAGUUCUGUCAGUGGCAUUCUCACCCAAUGGCCAGACUCUAGGUUCUACCUCUGAUGACAAAACAUUGCGACUUUGGGAUACUACGACAGGGGCCCUCAAAUCCAUCAUCAAAUAUCAUUCGAAGUUUCGAGGGUCUUUAGCCUUCUCGCCCAGUAGCGAUAUUGUGGCCUCCAGCUCCAGUGGAAACAAGAUUCAGCUAUGGGAUGUUGGAUCCGGAGCUUUGAAAUACACUAUUGAUGGAAAAUGUGGAUUUGGAGACGAAAAGGCGAUGUCACAUAAUGGCCGGAUGCUGGCAUGGUUGACUGAUAACACAGUUCGGCUCUGGGAUCUUGGAACCGACACCUUGCGGCAGAGCUGGACUGUCAACCAGUUGGUGAGAUUCAUAGAAUUUUCACCAGAUGAUACAUCCAUCGCGACGGAUUUUGGCUCCCUCGACAUUGAAUCUGAGUCUCAUGCCAGUUCCGCUCGUCCGAACCAGAACUUAGAAUUCUCUAUUGAGGCCGAAUGGAUCACAUUGAAAGGCAAACGAGUAUUAUUCCUCCCUCCUGAAGCGCGGACUGAUACAUGGAUCGUUCGGGGGCGAAGGGUUGCGCUAGGGCUGGCCUCAGGGCGGAUUUACUUUCUAGAAUUCGACUUACAGUCUAGCUAUCAAUGA